CCCAAUUCAGAGUGGCAUCCACGGGGGUCAUCGAACCGAGCUGAACUUCGCGUUUUGAUGAGUUCUCUGCGCGCGCGGGACCGGGGCUGUCAUUUAGACCCGCUUUGCUGGCUGGAGCGCGCGUAGUUCAUCUUUAUCUGAUGCUGCGUAAAAGCUGGCCGUGGAAACCGCUGCGGGCGCUCUGAAGAAAUCGCAUCAGAGGAUACCGCUUAGAGCGAUUUUGCUGCCGCUGCGUAGAAACUACACAGAGCACUUGCGCCGGUUUACGCGAGGAGACAAGAACUGUUGAUCCGGACAGACCUGCUUCCCAUCCAAAUGGAUGCGCAAUGAUGGAUUAAUGCUACUUUUCCGCGCGGCGCCCUGAUAAACUCCUCCUGGGGAUUUUAAGCCAGCGACCUUUACCUGAUUUAUCCUUUCAAGAUGUCAUCGGAGUAUUUGAUAAGGUCACUGCUUAUGCUCUUUCUAGCACUCUUCUCUGCCAAUGCGAGCAACUGGCUAUACCUGGCGAAGCUGUCGUCGGUGGGGAGCAUCUCGGACGAAGAAACCUGCGAGAAGCUCAGAGGCCUCAUCCAGAGGCAGGUUCAGAUCUGCAAGCGUAAUGUGGAGGUGAUGGACGCGGUCCGAAGGGGCGCUCAGCUCGCCAUCGACGAGUGCCAGUUUCAGUUUCGCAACCGACGCUGGAACUGCUCGACGCUGGAGAGCGUCCCUGUGUUUGGCAAAGUGGUUACACAGGGUACACGGGAAGCUGCAUUUGUGUACGCCAUAUCUGCUGCUAGCGUAGCCUUCGCAGUGACCAGAGCCUGCAGCAGCGGAGAGCUGGACAAGUGUGGCUGUGACCGCAACGUGCACGGCGUCAGCCCAGAAGGUUUCCAGUGGUCAGGAUGCUCGGAUAACAUUGCAUAUGGGGUUGCUUUCUCCCAAUCCUUCGUGGACGUGAGAGAACGAAGUAAAGGGCAGUCCUCCAACAGAGCGCUAAUGAACCUUCAUAACAACGAGGCGGGGAGGAAGGCAAUUCUGAACCACAUGCGAGUGGAGUGCAAGUGCCACGGCGUUUCAGGUUCCUGCGAGGUAAAAACCUGCUGGAAGGCAAUGCCGCCGUUCCGCAAAGUGGGCAACGUCAUCAAGGAGAAAUUCGACGGCGCCACAGAAGUGGAGCUGCGCAAAGUGGGCACCACCAAGGUCCUGGUUCCCCGAAACUCUCAGUUCAAGCCCCACACGGACGAAGAUCUGGUGUACCUGGACCCGAGCCCGGACUUCUGCGAACACGACCCCAGAACUCCAGGCAUAAUGGGAACGGCGGGGCGCUUCUGCAACAAGACCUCGAAGGCCAUCGACGGCUGCGAGCUCAUGUGCUGCGGUCGCGGAUUCCACACGGAGGAGGUGGAGGUGGUGGACCGCUGCAGCUGCAAGUUCCACUGGUGCUGCUACGUCAAGUGCAAACAGUGCCGCAAGAUGGUGGAGAUGCACACGUGUCGGUGAUCCAGACCGCAGAACUUAUCCUCACCACUUCCCUACAUGCGCAGGGAAACCAGACAAAUUCCCCGGCAUUUCAUGCAACAAUAGAGGAACAUGUCAUACAUGAGACUUUAAAAUAUAGGGGCGAAUAUACCCAAGGUCCCAAUUGAGAGUAUUUUUCUCUCUUCUCAUUCUGUUUUUAAUUGUGGUUGCUCUCUUAUUUUUAUAUAUAUAUAUAUAUAUAUAUAUAUAUAUAUAUAUAUAUAUAUAUAUAUAUAUAUAUAUAUAUAUAUUCAUAUAUAUCUAUUUUAACUUAUUGCAAUCAAAUAGAGAGUGAACUUUUAAAUGUGACGAGCACCAGAGGAGUGCCAUUGGGAUCAUGGAGAAAGGUCAACGUUUUUUAAAAGCCUUUUCAUCGUUAAUGCUGCUUUAUGGUUUCAUCCUGAAAGAUGGACUUCGGACUAACCCGAGAUACACAGUCCAGGUGUACAUGUACUUUCCAAUAGUUUCCGCACUCGUGGCCAUUCGUUCCUGUGAUGCUGCUUGAAUUCAAGAAUCCCUCGCCGAUAACGUACAGCGAGUAUUAAAGCGAGGCUUGCUUCACUAGGGACGCAAACCGGCUCCGAACAAGCCGGAGUGGAAAUCUAAGUGUUAGCAAGCUCUUUGAAAAUCAAAGUCGUUAGUUAACUAGCUGUCGACGCAGACGGAUGAUUGGUGCUGCGCUGUAACCAUGCAUCUGGCGCGAAACUGACAAACAUAAAUUGUUUACCCCCGCUUGGGGUGCUUGGACCAUGGAUUCUGUGCACGAUGACUCUAGCACUUUUCCUCUCCAGACGCACAUACCGCAAAUAAACAAAUCCCCCAGCAUUCCCUGCUCCAUUAGUCAGACCGAGUGACUGAAUUAUUUAUGUACGAUACCAUAACUCCAAGCUUUUCUAUAGUAAAACUUGCUAUCCAGUAUGCUUUUAAAAGAAACAUAGGUUUGUAAAGACUUAUACACUGAAGAGGACUAUAUUUCAUAUGAAUGUAUGUUAAAUUGAAAUAUAUGCCGUGUCAAAGACUGACAUGUUUGUGAUUGUGCUUAUUGGGUGAAUCGCCAAUGGGGACAGCUUCCUCAAAGAGACCACGCUGGACAAUAUUAACCAACUUUUUUAAGAUAUGGUCUUUAUGAAUGCAUGCAGAUUUGUUUAACGGGUUCACACAAAGAUUUCAUUUCGUAAAGGUCGGCUUGUCUCGCUGCUGCUGACGUUGAAGAAAAAUCCCGGGGUCACCUGUUGCGUAAUGCUGAUUACGACAAACAUUCGUUUAAACCGCUAGCCUGCUAGUUGCAUUCAAUUUAACUUUGUUGCCACGUCGAGGUUAAUGC